AUGUUCACCGGCCUCGUCGAAACGAUCGGCACCGUCACGUCGCUCGUGGCGCUGGACCCCUCGACCUCGGGCGGCAACGGCACGUCACUGACCAUCUCGGACUGCGGCUCGAUCCUCUCGGACGCGGCGCUGGGCGACUCGAUCUGCGUCAACGGCACGUGUCUGACGGUGACCGAGUUCGAUGCUUCCAGCUUCAAGGUCGGGGUGGCGCCCGAGACGCUGCGGCGCACGAACCUGGGCAAUUUGAAGCAAGGCAGCAGGGUCAACCUGGAGCGGGCGGUGAGCGCGUCGACGCGGAUGGGGGGACACUUCGUGCAGGGCCACGUGGACACUAUCGCGACGAUCUUGCGCGUCACGCCCGACGGCAACGCGCUGACUUUCCGCCUCCAGCCGCGUGAAACGGCUGUGCUGAGAUAUAUCGUGGAAAAAGGCUACAUUACGCUCGACGGCGCCAGUUUGACAGUCACCAAUGUGAACGACGAGGAGGGCUGGUUCGAGGUCAUGUUGAUCGCGUACACGCAGGAGAGGGUCGUCAUGGCCGCCAAGACGGCCAGCGAGGAGGUCAACGUCGAGAUCGACAUCGUCGGGAAACUGGUCGAGAAGAGCGUCGUCGGAUACCUCGAAGGCGUUGCGGGGAGGGAGGGCGGCGCGCCGGCCAUGUUGGAGAAGAUCGUCGGGCGGUUGGUCGAGGAGAAGCUGAAGACGGUGACGGUGCAACGGUAG